CCUCCAAAAUAAUGGAUUUUGUUUUGAAGUUUGUGAGAGUCAGUGUUGCAUUUAUGAGAUGGGUUGAGCGUCAAAACAAUCCCUGAUCUACCCCAAACUUUGCGAAGAUGUUGCCCCAACAACAGCGCGAAGAUCGGACUCUAUUUCGGGGCAAUGUUGCGGUAGCGCCGAGGUGUAUCGGCCUUGUUUUGCGGGAUGUUGGUUGGCCCAGAAAAGACAAGUCUGAAAUGUGUAGGCACCAUGUACAUGAUGUACAUAGCCAUGCAUGUCAUGGGUCUGGGAGUAACAACUGUUUACAUCACAGUGACAAGGCGCCAAAAGCUGUGUUUUCAGCCUUUAUUGAUGAGAACAGGUGUGGUAGUGUUAGCACAUCACUAGACGAGUGCAUUCAGAGGAUUAAAUUUAUUGGGAACAUCGAACCGUGGACGUUGUUACUUUCUGGGGACGAAGCUGAUUUGGAACGUCUCCGAGUGGCCUGGGCGCGGAGAAAUCUACGGCCACCUUCAGGGUUCGUCAUACAUGGCUUAGGUGACAUUAACGGUAUCGAAAUGCAGACAAUCCCACAAACGCAGUUCAUUCCUCUCCCAGACGCCAUCUGUGGGGUCAUAUCAGAACUAUACUCGAGCGGCGUUAAGUCGACGCGGGAGAACAUCAAGGAUCGUCUCCUGGAAAGCUUUCGAGGAAUGCACACGCCGACAGAGGCCAUGAUUUCAGAGAGUUUGCUCAUCUUGGCUCGAGAGAAAAAGAUAGGCUUAUCAGGCGAUACAUAUCAAGUCAUGGUGUCCGAGGUUCCGACGAUCCCUGUCAUAAUCGAUCCCGUAUAUGCCUCAAUAAACGACGAGGACAUCAAUGCCAGCACGUGUCCACACUACAGCCAGAAGACCUCACCCAGCUCCAGCUCGUCCCAGCCCGUCACCAAUCAUUCCAGUAACUUCCGACGGAGCGAAUCAGUCCAACUCCAAAAAAACAAAGACGUUAAAAUCAUUCAGAAGACGAAUUUUGCUCGGAGCAGCUCCAUGAGAAAUGGGGAGGGAGAUGGGAAAGCUUUCGCUAAAGAACUUGGGCCCAAGACUAAAGCCAACAUACAGCUCAAAGAGAAAGGAGAAAAACUGUCCCUCCUUUCUCGCAUUUUCGGCAAAAACAAGAAGAAGCGCGAGGUUACUCAAGAUCAGCCUGAAUACUCCACUUUCUCUGGCCAGUUCCCUCCUCCAGAGUGGCAAUGGUACGACAACCAACAACAGCAACAACGCAACAUGGCACAGGAGAUUUCAAAAUCGCAAACGUGGCACGGUUUCCAACAGCCUCCAAAAGAAUAUGGCUUAAUAGACUGUCGGCCGCCAUAUAUGGACCCUGGCGCACCUCCUGAACACAUUCCAAUGAAUGGGCAGACGAUGAAACGAAAUUCACAUGUUAGGGUUCAUGAUACGCCAAAUAGAUUGACUAAUACGCCUGAAAAACAUGUUGUGUCACCCGCUCGAACCGACUCGCAUCGUAGCGCCGAGACGUAUAGUAGUUUACCAAAAGAUAAACGUCGGUCGAAUCGCCGUAAGAAGCGUCAUCAUUCGGACAAACAUUCUGGGCAUCAUUAUCAAAAUGUUAGCAGUCAGAUUCAAGUGCAGGCAGACGUACAUCACCAGGGGUCGCCACUUCCACCGCCAUAUUCUCUCUACGGAAGCGACAUUUCAAUCGAGUACAAAGGGCGAUUGCCUGCUAAGAAUACUCUAUAUGCCCUUUCGAAGGACAGUGGGGUGAAUUGUAUUGGGAAGAAACAGUCGCGUGGACCAUCAUCAACAGAUAGGGCGAAAUAUUAUAAACGACGGUCUUGUCCGCCGAUGUCUAGCGCGGUAGUUUUAGAGGAAAGUUGUGGCCAUGAGGUGGGAAAACCAAUGGUGCUGGGAUCGGAUAAAGAUAACCAAUCAGAUCGCGAGAAACCUCACAUGAAUUGCUCCUGUGAUGGAAAGUGUGUAGGACAUGAGGGGCGUAUUAUGAGCGAUAGUGGAAUAAAUUCAGCGCGUAAUACUGACAUCUCUGAUGCCAAAAACACUGACAGAUCUUCAGAUAAACAUCUACAAGGGUCAGAUAACCAUCGGAAGAAAUACACUGAACUUGUAAAAAAUCGUAGCUGUGAAUUAGAACGAAUCUCAGAUAAUGUUAGCGUGAACUCGAGUCAUGAGCGUUUAACGGACACACCAAGUAGUCUGAAAUGUGAUAAGCUGUUGACCAGUAGCGAACGUUAUCCUUCUUACGGUACUGUGAUAGAAGUCGUCAAAGAGGAUCAUGGGAACUCAAUGCAGUGUACGCACGUCCAUUUAGUCGAGAAACGCCCUUGUACAAAAGAAGAUGUUGAAAAUCGAGACAAUCUGCCUGAAUGUGAUAUGCAGGAACACUCAUGUUACCGUAACUCCAAACAUCUUCUGUGUCCGCAUCAUGCUCAUCAGCAUUACAUCGACGCCCAACAGCACGGACAUAUCCAUAACAACAACAACAACAAUACGAUUAUCAGCGGCCACACGUGCUGGAUACAUGCGCAGACUCCUCGCGUUGAUAACGCGCCCCAUGGCCAUCUUGAUAAACGUGCGUCAUGCGGCCAUGUUCCAUACUAUGAGACUAAUUUAGAUGACGAAUCGGUCAAUUUACGAUUGUCCUACAACUCUUUAACACAGGCUCAGAUGGAAACGUUGAGUUCAGAUGCUCAGAGACUUGGCUUUAUUGGCGAUUAUAAAGUUGUGGGAUUUGUUUAACCUUUUAGAGAAUAGAGAAAGAGGUUGGUUAUCACAUUAAACGACAUUUUUUAUUCUGCAUCCAAAUGAGGAUGGGUUCAGCUUCAAGGGAGCAAACCCUUUCGAUUAGUUGUGCAAGUAGUUUUAGAAUACAUUAGACACAAGCAAAGCCCGUUCUAAAGUGCUGUGCGAACAAGCAAUUCCAAUUGCUGUUUGAUAAAAAUUGCACCUUUGCGCAACGUUUCAGAAGCAAUAGUCGUUGACAUCAUGAAAUGCAAUGUUUGUAUGUUAGAUCUUAGUGCCAUAGAUGGUUGACUUGUGCCCUGAUCUCACUGUACUAAUCGCUCCAGAAUCCCAUUACGGUGCUGUUGGGACAUGUCCCAAGCAGGGAGGACUGGGGACUUGUCGGCCAGAAAUGUACAAUGGAACCUAGGGGUUUCAAACUACUAUAAGCUGCUCGUUUGGGCACCAAGUUGAACUGGGAGCACCAGUUCCGGUUUUCCGUAAUUGCUUUUUGGUUUUUGACUUCCCAAACCGAUUUUAGCCACCCAGCACAUGACAUGGCCAUCGUGUCUAAAACAUUCUGUUUCAGUCCCAAAAACUGUCUUAUCAGGAGACAUGGGGUAGAGCCCCGGUUGGGAAAAUUAGAAAGCCCUACAGAGGACAAGUAAAGCUGUUCUCCAAAUUUUGACUCGAAGGUUUCAUUGUACAAAACUAGCCAUAUUUGAACUCUUUUUAUCGAUGAUGACUUCACUAGCAAUCCAUGUCACAAAGACGUAGCAAUACCCAUACCUUGUGUCGUAUUUUAUAAUAUCACUGGUCAUUUUUGACACACCAGUCACCAGUUAGUGGGUAGCUAUAUUUUACAUAGUAACUGUCUACACAUAUUUGCAUUUGUUGGUUUUAUUCCAGAAAUGUUUUUUACAUUCCAAUUAAGAUUUUGAAACCAUUUUCGUGUACAUCCCAAAUUGAAAUUCCUUUGCAUCUAGAUACUCUAUUGACUAGGUAAUUUCAUUAUCAUUCUCAUAUUAAUGUUGGUUUCAUAUUCAAUACGAAGAUUUUUUGACGAUCUUUGCUAAGUUUCGGCAAAAUACAUUAAAAAACAAUAAUAAUAGAAUUAUCCACUGAAAGUUAGGCAUGUUGAAGGGCCAAUACAGUGUGAGCAAUUUAUGGUGUGGUGUAUUUUGACAAUGUCUGACGAGGCACUGUUUAAGAAUCAGGCGAGUUUGUCUAUAAAUCAGUCGAUUGAAAUUCGUGGAUAUGUUGGCGCUCCCAGGAAGGAGAAGCUACAUAGAACUACUUUAGAGAUGAAUCAAUGACCAUAGGCUAGCCAGCUUCUGUGGUAGCCUGUUGUAAUUAGUUGACUCAAUUUUGCCCUUGGUUUGCUGGGAAUGAAGCUGCAUUUCAUAAAUCAUGAGCCAGUAAUGGCCAGAGGAGGGGACACACCAUACACUUUAAAUACGUUUUCAAUAAAAUGGAAAUCAUGUUGCUAGGUUCAUGCGUCAACUGAACUGCCCCCAAUCUGGAAGCAUAAAAACGAAUUUAAAAAAAAUUGUUUUACAAAAUUAUUCGGAUUGCUCCCUGGAUCUACCCCAAGGAAUAUUGCGAUUAAAAACAAAUGUGUGGAGAUAUUUUCAGCAAACCUUGGGUUGAAUGAAGUAAUAUUUGUAUUAUACCUGUCAAUGAUAUAUUUAUGUACAAGUGAUCUGUUUGUGAUUUAGAUUCUGUAAAUACUCGAUUAUCGGAUACUCUGGAGGAUCUGCAAGGCUUGGAGACAAGAUCUCACAAAUGUGCAUUCACAAAAGCAGUCAAUUUUAACACACUCCUUUCUCGGUAAUCUGCGCUGACUUCUACAGGUUGUCCCAAAAUACCAUUUUUCCCAAAACUUUCCAACUUUAUGUACAAUGGUCUGUUGUGACGUACACAAGUAUUUAGAAUCUCGACUGAAAACUAGCUGUGCUGUCACUGGAGAUAGAUUGCAGUACUUGUUGAGACACCCUGUAAGAUAUUAGGACAAAUUUGAAGAAAUUUUCUUUUCUGUAGCAGAAAGCAUAGAUGACGGGUAGUCACCAAGGGUACUUUCUCAACUGUGUUUAUUUAUUCUACCACUGCAGUAAAUCCUACUGAAUUCACUGUUUCUUUGAGUGCUCAUUUGCAAAGUUUGUUCAUUUUGUACAAAAUUAAAAAGAAAUUGUGGAAUUUGAGAUUUUACAUUGUCAGUUGAAGUUAGUUCACACGGGUUGGUGAAUUUUACUCUUUUCUUUCUACCAGUUAUCACAAAUGAUCAGUUGUCAGUUUUGCCAACCUUGUGUGAAUAGGUUUUGCAAACUGAACAUAUAACGGCAGCCGCCACAUUACAAGUCUAUCGUAAUCUCUCUUCUCCCUAUGAAAUGAAAAUGAAUUUUUCUUUAACUUUUUCCGCAUUCAUUUGACUCGUUAUUAGCUUUUGCUAAAGGGCGACACAAAUACUCAUCAUCAUCUCCCCACGUCCUUGAGGCUAUCCCAUGAUUCCAUACCGACCUUAGAAAUAUCAAAUUACCGCCAACCUAGAAGCAUUCCAUAGUACUAAGUCCAAUCCACCUAACUUGAGAAUUGUUGCUGUGUUAUAUGCACAGGCUCUGUAGAAAAAUGUAUUGGAGAUGUGUACAUUAAUGGUUGAAUCAGAUUUUGGAGUCCAAUUCUUUUAAGUUGAACAUAUCUGCCUAUACAUAGUUUGUUUAAUGUAUGGCUAAAUGUGCAGUUGAAUCCGUCAUGCUUAGGCUGAGUCGGAGCACAAUCACCCGCCUCCCCAUAAUUACCUAGAGAAAAAUGACGUUCUCCCAUCAGCCAUUGGCAACUCAUAAUACGAUCCUCGCAAAAAGAAGAAAUAAUGUACUAUUUAUUGCCGCUAGACAUCAUCAGGACCAAAAUGCUCUCGAUGAUAGUUAUCUCGUAAUGUCUCGGGGCAUAAACAUUGUCUUCGCCAGCUUCCACUCAAGUCACAAUUCAAUGAAGUCAAAUUUUAUGUCAUUGUGUUUCAAAAGCCUCAAUCAUUUCGGUGUAAGCAAUGACUUCUCUUCAGCUAAGAUUUCCAAAAAAGUCAAAUUCUAAGCGAUAUAUAUUUUGUAACUGUUGAAUUGAACUCCAAAACCCUGAUUUCACACACUCCCAAUUGAAAUAUUGAACUUGAUAUUUUAAAUCACUUAAAUGAUUAAAAACAAUACUGCCCUGAAGUGCUCCAAUCAGCAUUUCAAACUUUUCUUAUAAAAAUUUGUUUGUUUUUAUAGUUUUUUUCUCACCAACUUGUGUAUAUACAAAGAGAUUUUUAUUAGAGUAUGUAAUUUAUAUUGCCUACAUUCCUCUGCUUGUGUGUAGUGUUAUCGAUGUCUAAUGUAUGGUAUGGUAAAACUGUACGCAUUCUGUUAUCACAGUGGCCAAAUGUCAAUAAAACUUAACACAACGUCUCCUCCAUGUUAUAAAGAUCACUUCUGUCAACCGCUAAAUUUUCAUGCAGUUUUUUUCCUGAUUCUCACGAUGCCACUUUUGUCUGAGAACUGGAGACUGAAUAUGGGCGUUCUCGAUCCAGAGUCAUCUCCUCCCUGACACCUUUUCAUUUCAGUGGCAAAGUAGGAGGCGCAGUGAGUCACGUACCUUUCCAUGGCUGGUAGGGCAGUAAGUUUUCACGCAAAAUCUAUUGUUGUGCUAGUGUUGUGAUGUCAUUUGGUGGUUCUGCUAGCUGGCCCAUGUGACAUUAACGAAUCAACUGUUGACAUUGGACACCUCGUUAUAAAGUUCAGCCAGGCCUUUAAAAGGUACUUGACGCACUGUGCCACCUACCUACAGGAAUUAUCCAAAGUCCACUUCCUCAUUGCCCGUACGACAAAAUCUGUGAAAAAGAAGCUGUCCGUUUCAUUGAUAUUUGGUCCUGUUGUGGAUUGCUCCAUGAGCACAUCAGUAUUUUAGUAAAUAAAGAUCAAAUCAAUCUUACUAGAAA